UGGACUGCCCUGCAACGGCAGACUGCAAUACAACUGCUGAAGCUACUUACAAUCUUACUCAACCCUUCAUCGGACUGCUCACCAACACUAAACCAGCACCCCACUGAGCGUGUCACCCAGAUGUUUCCAUGACCUGGGUCAAAAGCGUGAACUGAUACUUCACUUUUGUAUGGAACCUCCCCUGGUGUAAACUGACACAAACCAACCUUGAGGGGGUUGCUAUUUGGAGCCAAAUAUGUUCCAUCUGAUUAAGAAAGACAAGGAUGAGAGGAAGAAGGAGAAAAAAGACAGGAAGGACAAAAAGGAGAGGAUGUCCCAGGCAGAGCUGACGAGUCUGGACGAGAUGAGCCAGAGGCGGGGCUUCUUCAAUCUCCACCGAGGAGGCUCUAAGAGGGACUCCAAGGUCAAGCUGGAGAUCUCCAGCCCCAUCCCUAUCAAGGUGGCUAGCAACACGGAGCUCAGCCUUACUGAUCUAGAUGCCGAUCGCUUCAGUAACCGUGGCAGCAUGGUCCUGGACCUGGGCCAGGUGAGUGCAGCCAGCUCCAGUGAUGACAUCAAGGGGGAGGGGGGACAGGGUCCCCAUCGCAUCUCUGUGAAGGAGCGGGCGGCCAAGUUCGGUGGUCUGGCCAAGCAGAACUCCCAGGUGGGCCAGAUCAUGAAGCCCUUCUCCCAGAUGAGCAAAGAGGAGAGUGCCUCUGAGGCUUCCACACCAAGCUCAACUCAACCGUCUCCCCAGUUAGAGAACAAGGUGUUUGACACCUACCACAGACAGGCUUCCCAGCAGCAUCCCCAGGUCCACAGCAGGGCUGGGAAGAGGGUUCACAUCCCAGAAGUGGUGGAGAAGACCUUCCCUGCAGACCUGCGACUGCCUGGCGUCAUGGCUCCACCUAUGCCUGAGCCCAGGGAACUGGAGCUGCAGCGCCGCAACACAGGAGACUUUGGUUUCUCCUUGCGCCGCACCACCAUGUUGGACCGGAGGUCUGACGGUGGGGUCUACCGGAGGGUGGUCCACUUUGCUGAGCCUGGAGCCGGGACCAAGGACCUGGCGCUGGGUCUGGUGCCUGGAGACAGGUUAGUGGAGAUCAACGGGCACAACGUGGAGAAUAAGAGCCGGGACGAGAUCGUGGAGAAGAUCCGUCAGUCUGGGGACUCUGUGAGGUUAAAGGUUCAGCCCAUCGUGGAGCUGAGUGAGCUGAGCCGCUGCUGGCUGAGGAGCAGUGAGGGCCUGCGCAGGGAGGCCUACGAUGUGAAGGCAGCUUCUGGUCCCUCUGCCGCCCCUGCUGGGAAGCCCUCCUCUGGGAGUGCUCAGUCCCAGCCUCAGGGCACCAAAGAACAGGUUCCAGAGCUGGUCCCUACAGACGAGAACCAUAGGCGUCUGAGAAAGAUCCUCACCGGAGCUGGUUCUACUACACAGUUGGAUCAGGACCCCGUGGCCCUCCUGCAGGCGGCCCACACGGCCGCCUCUCAACCCAAGGUGAAGACCGAGGAGCAAAUAGCUGCUGAGAAGGCCUGGUACGGCACAGAGAAAGUAUGGCUGGUUCACAAGGAUGGAUUCUCCUUGGCGACCCUGUUGAAGACGGAGCCAGGCAGUCUGCCAGAGGGGAAAGUCAAGAUCAGACUGGAGAGCGACGGCUCGUUGCUGGAUGUGGAUGAAGAUGAUGUGGAGAAGGCCAACCCUCCAUUGUUUGACCGCGUGGAGGACCUGUCCUCGCUGCAGUACCUCAAUGAGUCCAGUGUGAUGCACUCUCUGCGCCAGCGCUACGGGGGCAACCUCAUCCACACCCACGCUGGACCCAACAUGGUGGUCAUCAACCCCAUCAGCGCCCCCUCCAUGUACUCUGAGAAGGUGAUGCACAUGUUUAAGGGGUGCAGGAGGGAGGACACGGCACCUCACAUCUAUGGUGUUGCCCAGUCAGCCUAUAGGAACCUGUUGACCACGCGUCAGGACCAGUCUAUUGUGCUGCUGGGCAAGAGCGGCAGCGGCAAGACUAUCAACUGUCAACACCUGGUCCAGUACCUGGUCACCAUCGCUGGCAGCACUGGCAAGACCUUCUCUGCGGAGAAGUGGCAGGCGGUCUAUACCAUCCUGGAGGCUUUUGGGAACAGCUCCACCUCCAUGAACGGGAACGCCAGUCGCUUUUCCCACAUCGUGUCCCUGGACUUUGACCAGGCUGGCCAGGUGGCCUCGGCCUCCAUUCAGACCAUGCUGCUGGAGAAGCUAAGGGUGACCAGGCGGCCAGAGGGAGAGUCCACCUUCAAUGUGUUCUACUACAUGAUGGCUGGAGCUGACAGUUCUCUAAAGACCGAGUUGCACUUUAACCACUUUGCUGAAAACAGCGCCUUCGGAAUCAUGCCUCAACCCAAGUCUGAAGAGAAGCAGCGGGCCUCCCAGCAGUUCACCAAGCUGCAGGCAGCUAUGAAGGUCCUGGGGAUCAGUGGGGAGGAGCAGAGGGCCUUCUGGCUGGUCCUGGGGGCCAUCUAUCAUCUAGGAGCUGCAGGGGCCACCAAGGACGAAGACAAAGCCGGUAGGAAACAGUUUGCACGUCAUGAGUGGGCGCAGAAGGCUGCCUACCUGCUGGGCUGCACCUUGGAAGAGCUCUCCUCCUCCAUCUUCAAGCACCAGGCCAAAGGCACCCUGCCCAGAGCCAGCUCUAUACGCCAGGGGACAGACGAUACAGCAGGAGAAGCCUCAGGUUCCAAGACCACAGCCAUGGAGUGUUUAGAAGCCAUGGCAUCUGGGCUGUACUCGGAGCUCUUCACCCUCCUCAUCUCCCUCAUCAACAGGGCUCUGAAGUCCAGCCAGCACUCUCUGUGCUCCCUGCUCAUCGUGGACACCCCGGGCUUUCAGAACCCUCGCCUGGCCAAGCGGGAGCGCGGAGCCACCUUUGAAGAGCUCUGCCACAACUACACCCAGGAGCGUCUGCAGACACUGUUCUAUCAGCGCACCUUUGUACAGGAGCUAGAGAGAUACAAAGAGGAGAACAUAGAGCUUCCAUUAGAUGACAUGGAACCUAACACGUCUCUGUCUGUAGCUGCAGUAGACCAAGCGUCGAGUCAAGCACUGGUGCGGACGCUGAGGACUGAUGAGGCGCGGGGCCUGUUGUGGCUGAUGGAGGAGGAGGCUCUGCAGCCUGGGGGUUCUGAGGACACUCUACUGGGACGUCUCUUCAGCUACUACGGCCCUGCCGAGGGCGAGAGCAAAGGUCACACCUUGCUGUUGAAGAGUGAGAGACUACAUCACUUCCUGCUGGGCCACAGCCAUGGUACAGACUGGGUGGAGUAUGACACCCGUGGUUGGCUGAGCCAUGCUAAACAGAAUCCUGUCUCGACCAAUGCAGCGAGUCUCCUGCAGGACUCCCAAAAGAAGAACAUCAGUGGUCUGUUUAUGAGUCGAGGGGGUGGGGCCACCAUCCUGUCAGGCUCCAUUGCUGGCCUUGAGGGCGUUUCCCAGCUGACCUUGCGGCGUGCCACCAGCAUGAGGAAGACCUUCACCACCGGGGUGGCAGCUGUCAAGAAGAAGUCCUUCUGCAUCCAGAUCAAACUACAAGUGGACGCUCUGCUGGACACGGUAAGGAGGUCCAGGGUUCACUUUGUCCACUGCUUGCUGCCCAAUGCUGAUGCCCUGCGGGCGGGCAGAGGGGAAUUGGAGUCCCAGGGGGAAAGUGGAGACUCUGGCCUGAUGCAGCUGGAUGUGGCCCUGCUCCGGUCCCAGCUCCGCGGCUCCAAGCUGCUGGACGCCCUCAGAAUCUACAGACAAGGAUACCCUGAUCACAUGGUCUUCUCAGAAUUCCGCCGCCGCUUCGAUGUGCUGGCACCACACCUGACCAAGAAACUUGGCCGCAACUACAUAGUGAAGGAUGAGAAGAGGGCGGUAGAGGAGCUGCUGGAGUCCCUGGACCUGGAGAAGAGCAGCUAUCACAUGGGACUGAGUAGGUUGUUCUUCAGAGCGGGGACCUUGGCUAAACUGGAGGAGCAGAGGGAUGAGCAGACCAGACACAACAUCACCCUGUUCCAAGCAGCCUGCAGUGGGUACCUGGCCAGACAGGCCUUCAAGAAGAGGAAGACCCACGACCUGGCCAUCCGCUGCAUCCAGAAGAACAUCAAGAAGAACAAGGGAGUGAAGGGCUGGCCCUGGUGGAAGCUGUUCACCACCGUACGGCCGCUCAUCGAGGUGCAGCUCACAGAGGAACAGAUUCGAGGAAAAGAUGAGGAGAUCCAGCAUCUGAAGGGCAAGCUGGAGAAGACUGAGAAAGAGAGAAACGAAGUGAGAUUGAACAGUGAUCGACUGGAGAGCAGGAUCACAGAGUUGUCAGCGGAGCUUGCGGAUGAGAGGAACACUGGAGAGUCGGCCUCCCAGCUGCUGGAGACAGAGACGUCUGAGAGACUGAGACUGGAGAAAGACAUGAAGGACCUACAGGCUAAGUUUGACUUGAUGAAGAAGCAGAUGGAGUGUAUGGAGAUGGAGGUGAUGGAGGCUCGUCUCAUCAGAAUGGCAGAGAUCAACGGGGACAUGGACGACGAUGAUGAUGCAGGAGGAGAGUGGCGGUCGAAGUACGACCGAGCCAUCCGGGAGACUGAGUUCACCAAGAAGAGACUUCAGCAGGAGUUUGAAGACAAGCUGGAGACCGAGCAGCAGAAUAAAAGACACCUGGAGAGAAGGCUGACUGACUUGCAGGCGGACAGUGAUGAGGUGCAGCGCUCUGUGCAGCAGCUGAAGAAGAAGUGUAGCAGAUUGACAGCUGAGCUGCAGGACACCAAGCUGCACCUGGAGGGCCAACAGAGCCGCAACCACGACCUGGAGAAGAAACAGAGGAAGUUUGACUUGGAGCAGAACCAGGCCCAGGACGAGGUGCUGAGGGAGAAGAACCUGAGAGAGAAGCUGGGCCGGGAGAGAGACAUGAUGACUGGGGAGCUGUUCAGUCUGCGACAGCAGCUGCAGGACAAAGACAUGGAGCUGUGUGCCGUCCAGCUGAAGGUGGAGCAGCUGGAUGCAGAGCUACAGGACCUGUCCUCCCAGGAGUCCAAGGACGAGGCGUCGCUGUCCAAGACCAAGAAGACCCUCCGCGACCUGGAGGCCAAGGUCAAAGACCAGGAAGAGGAGCUGGAUGAGCAGGCCGGGACCAUCCAGAUGCUGGAGCAGGCCAAGCUGCGUCUGGAGAUGGAGAUGGUGAGUCUGCGGCAGACCCACUCCAAAGACAUCGAGAGCAAGGAUGAGGAGGUGGAGGAGAUCAGGCAGUCCUGCAGUAAGAAGCUGAAGCAGAUGGAGGUACAGCUGGAGGAGGAGUAUGAUGACAAGCAGAAAGUCCUGCGUGAGAGGAGAGAGCUGGAGACCAAAUUGCUGUCUGCCCAGGACCAGGUGGGCUGCAGGGACGUGGAGACAGAGAAGAGGCUGAGGAAGGACCUGAAACGCACCAAAGUGCUGCUGGCUGACGCCCAGAUUAUGCUGGACCACAUGAAGAACAACGCCCCCAGCAAGCGAGAGACCGCCCAGCUCAAAAACCAGCUGGAGGAGUCAGAGUUCACGUGUGCUGCGGCGGUGAAGUCUCGUAAGGGCAUGGAGAUAGAGAUCGAGGACCUGCACAUCCAGAUGGAGGAUGUGGUCAAAGUCAAGAUGUCGCUUGAGGAGCAGGUGUCCCGUCUGCAAAGGGAGAAGAACGACCUACAGUCUCGUAUGGAGGAGGACCAGGAGGACAUGAACGAGCUGAUGAAGAAACACAAGGCUGCCGUCUCCCAGUCUGCCAGAGACCUGGCCCAGAUCAGUGACCUGCAGGCCCAGCUGGAGGAAGCCAUGAAGGAGAAGCAGGAGAUCCAGGACAAGUUACAGUCCCUGCAGAGCCAGCUGGAGUUCCAGGAGCAGUCCAUGGUGGAGAAGUCCCUGGUCAGCAGGCAGGAGGCCAAGAUCCGUGAGCUCGAGACCAAGCUGGAGUACGAGAGGACCCAGAUCAAACGCCUGGAGAGCUUGACAGGUCGUCUGAAGGAGAACCUGGAGAAGAUGACGGAGGAGAGAGACCACCGCGGUAAUGGAGAGAACAGGGAGAACGAGCAGAACAAACGCAUACAGAGACAGAUGAGGGACAUCAAAGAGGAGAUGGCUGAGCUGUCCAAGAAGGAGGCCGAGGCCAGCCGCAAGAAGCACGAGCUGGAAAUGGACAUAGAGAGUCUGGAGGCAGCCAAUCAGAGUCUGCAGGCAGACCUCAAGCUGGCCUUCAAGAGGAUUGGAGACUUGCAGGCUGCCAUAGAGGAUGAGAUGGUCGACAGUGACGGCGAUGAUGACCUCGUAAACAAUUUACAAGACAUGGUGACAAAGUAUCAGAAACGAAAGAACAAAACUGGUGACGAGUCGGACACGGACUCAGAGGUGGAGGACCGUGUGGACGGGGUCAAGUCCUGGCUGUCCAAGAAUAAGGGCUCCACCAAGACUCUGUCAGACGAGGGCAGUCUGAAGAGCUCCAGCCCUCCUCUGUACCGGAGACACCUCAGUGAAGAGGACAAAGAGGAGAGGGGUUCGAGCAGACACUCCCUGAAGGAAAGUGACAGUGAUAGCAAGCUGGCAGAGUCCACAGCGUAACAGAGACUAAUGUCACAUCUCUCACUACCACCACCAUCCUAGACGAACACACCAGAGACAGAUAUAAUGCUUUAUUUAAUCAAGAUAUACCUCCCCCAUACCAUCCUCAUUUGAACAUCGGUGAGCAAUGCUAGCUAGAACCAGAUGCAAGAACAGGGGAAGGUCAGAGUGCACAUACUGUAGAAGUCACCGUGGUUCAAUCUAAAUGGAAUGUGGCAUAGCCAUUUUCCGUUGCUACUAAGAGCUUUGAAGAAUUCUUUACAGGGUGAUUUGGAAAAGUGAAAUUCCAUCAUAGAAUCUUACAGCAUAGUGUCCCCAUCAGCUCUGCAGCUUUGAAGCAAUAUAAGUAUAGAGCUUAGCACCAAUGGCAUAUUUUAAGAUAUAUCUGUAGAGCUUAUCACCACUGGCUUAUUUAAGAGAACUGCUUUUCAUAGGCUAAUUUAUGCUCCCGCUGUCAUCUGUUGUUUGAGGACGGGAGAGCUUGUGGUUUAUUCAAAUGACUGUAGCAGGCUCGGUUUAAGUCUCCCUUACAAUGUGACUUCUCACUGCAGGCCCAUACGCCUGACAGUCCAGCAUAUCCUCGUUAGCACUUAGAAAUGCCAUUGUCUCCUCUACAUGUGUUUGGACUGUCUCUGGUCAUAAACAAUAUUUAGCCAAUAUCAGUAACUAGAAGCAAGACUUAUUUAUCUUGUUCCGAGACUGUUUUGUUUUUCUAUCAAUUUUGGAAAGUAUGGUUCUUAUUGAACGGGAGGGGGAGCUGCUUUGAGGGAAAAUGAUUGGAUCUGCUACAUUUGCGUACAGUAGUUCAUGCUGGACUAGUUUUGGUCUUGCUCGUUUAAAGCUCAGCCAUGCUUUUGUCUCCUCGUGUCAUGUCUGUUGGUUUUCAAAGGGAAUAUAUUUACUAUCUGUUGUGACGGGGGGCUUUCUAGGGAUCUUCAUCUUUCAAGAUACCUAUGCGCUGGAUAUAAAACAAAAAUGUCAAUCUGUUUUUAUAUGAGACAAAUGGCCUAAGUGCUAUAAGCCCCCCUCCCUUAUGGGGAAAAACAUGUAUGCCUCAAAAGUUCUAAUGUAUACUGAAUGAAAAUAUAAACGCAACAUGUGAAGUGUUGGUCUCAUCAUUUCAAGAGCUGAAAUAAAAGAUCCCAGAAUUUUACCAAAUCCACAGAAAGCUUAUUUCUCUCAAAUCUUGAGAUUUCUCAGAAAAUUUGUUUACAUCCCUGUUAGUGAGCAUUUCUCCUCUGCCAAGAUAAUCCAUCCACCUGACAGAUGUGGCAUAUCAAGAGGCUGAUUAAACAGCAUGAUCAUUACACAGGUGCACCUUGUGCUGCGCAUAAUAAAAGGCUCUAAAAUGUGCACCACACAAAGUUUUGAGGGAGUGUGCAAUUGGCAUGCUGACUGCAGGAAUAUCCACCAGAGCUGUUGCCAGAGAAUGUUCAUUUGUCUACCAUAAGCUGCCUCCAAUGUUGUUUUAGAGAAUUUGGCAGUAUGUCCACAUCUGGCUUCUUCACCUGCUGGAUCGUCUGAGACCAGCCACCUGGACAGCUGAGGAGUAUUUCUGUCUGUAAUAAAACCCUUUUGUGUAGAAAAAAUCAUUCUAAUUGGCAGUGCCUUGCUCCCCAGUGGGUGGGCCAAUCUCUCAUAGGCCCACCCGUGGCUGCGCCCCUGCCCAGUCAUGUGAGGGCUAACUUAUUUUAAUUGACUGAUUUCCUUCAAUGAACUGUAACUCAGUAAAAUCGUUGAAAUUGUUGCAUGUUGCGUUUUAUAUUUUUGUUCAGUAUAAAAUCCUCUGAUCCCUGGAAGAAUUGUCUAAUGUAGGAUACACUGUAUCUGUAUUUGGCCUUACUGAGUGACAAUGAUAUCCUUUAGAUUAACGUGACCUUAUUCAUUUUCAUUCAUAAAUAUGCAAAUGUUGUAUCUCUAUGUAGAAUAGUGUGGGGAAGGGUGUGUCUGUGUGUGUUUGCAUAUGUACACAAGUGUAUAUCCGUGUGUGUGUCCGUUUCCGUUGCUUCUGUCUGUUCAUGUGUGUGGGACAGACUAUUUGCAUAUAUUUUCUAGUUUUUUUUAAUGCAUUAGGUAUGAAUAUAAUAUGGAACACUGGACACUUUGUCAAUGCUUCUGAGUUGGGAUUUGUUAAAUAAAAAUAUGUAUGUUAAAUGUUUGUUUUUGCAUCUGAAUAGGCAUUGUUGGCUUUCCACAAUAUUAAUAUAUAACAUGUUUGAAAUUGAUUGUAUAUUCAUCAUAGCUUUUCAAACAGGUUUGUUUAUUUUCAUGAUAUUGAACAAUUGACCACUUGUGAUAGGAAUGCUUUUUUUGGCAUAAAUUUUAAUGUAAAUAAAUGCAGGGGUUUGUUUACAGUAA